GAACAGAAACCGACUUCCAUUUUUACAAGUCUACUUGCCUAUACAAACUAGGGUUUCUACUACGAUUCUUUUUCGUCUUUUCUGCAGCAAGUUUAUUCGUCUCUCGGUUUGAUUCGAUUUCAUCAGGAAAGCGACUUAAAUUAUGGGUAAGAGGAAGUCAAGAGCGAAGCCUGCUCCUAGGAAGCGGAUGGACAAACUUGACACGGUUUUUAGUUGUCCCUUCUGCAAUCACGGCUCUAGUGUUGAAUGUCGCAUUGAUAUGAAGAAUUUCAUUGGUGAGGCAUCUUGUCGGAUUUGCCAGGAGAGCUUCAGCACAACCGUCACAGCUUUGACAGAGGCAAUUGACAUAUAUAGUGAAUGGAUCGAUGAAUGUGAACGAGUCAACACCGUUGACGAUGACGGGGUGCCUGUUGAAGACGAUGCUGCUUAGUGGCUUGGAAUUAUCUACAAUGUAUUUCGGUUAAAAUCGAUAGUCUAUUGUAAACCUAUAAGAAAACUUGUAUUUGUGUUUGAUUUGGUAUUGUUUGCUUACUGUAUGCAAUUGUUCUUGCAUAUUAAUAUCUAAAUGGUAUGCAUAUGGAAAAAUAAGUAAUGAUUAUGUAAAUAUUCGGUUUAGAUUGUAUUCGUAUGCAUCUUAUCUUCUUCU